GUCAAGUGGUGAUAACAAAUCAACCACUAAAAGCCACCAUGUGGAUGAAUCCUUCAUCCUCAAAGCAAUGCAACAACAAUUUUAGAGACUGGACAUCAUGUUUGGUGAGAUUAAAGACAAAAUGAAGAAGCAAGAUGCAGUGAUAGCUAAGUUAUACCAAACACGUAAUAGAAGUCCGAAUUUGCAUAGGAAUGAUGCUAAUGACGAUUUCAAUGACGAUUAUGAAGAUGCACUCAACAACGACACCCAGAACUCAAAUUUCAGCUUGGAUAGAAUUAUGAGAGGUAGAGGGGGCCAAAGAGAGCAAAAUCUGACAAGGUGGGGAGAUUGCCAAGAUCGUGACUUAGGUAGCAUCAAGAUGAAGAUUCCUUUGUUUCAAGGCAAAAAUGAUCCAGAUGUGUAUUUGGAGUGGGAAAAAAAGGUGGAAUUGGAGUUUGAUUGCCAUAACUAUUCUGAGGAGAAAAAGGUGAAACUAGCAGUGGUGGAAUUUACUUAUUACGCUGUGGUGUGGUGGGAUCAGCUUGUGCUUAGUCGACAUAGAAAUCGAGAGCAUCCUGUUGACACUUGGGAAGAGAUGAAGGCUGGCCUUACUCAAGGGUCAAGAAGCGUUGAGGAUUAUCACAAGGAGAUGGAAAUCGCAAUGCAUUAUAUUGAAUUAGAGGAUAUGGUGCACAUGGCAAUGAAAGUAGAAAGGCAACUCAAGCAUAAAGGUGCCACCACUAGAACUGGGAAAAAUCCAGGUUCCUCAUUUGCUUGGAAACCAAAUUGGAGCAAAAAGGAAGAAAAUUCUGCUCUCAAGCCUAAAACUUCAACAUUUAAGUCAAAAGACAUUGGCAGCAAUGAGAAGAGUAAAACUGACAAUAUGCAAGGCAGAAACCGAGACAUUAAGUGCUUUCGAUGCUUGGGAAGAGGGCAUAUUGCAUCGCAAUGCCCUAAUAAGCACACAAUGAUCUUGAGAGAAGAUGGAGAAAUUGAAACCGAGGGUGAGUCUGAUGAUGAAUCUAUGCCACCAUUAGAAGAUGUUAAUGAUGGUGUAGAGUAUGCUGUUGAUGGAGAACUGCUCAUCACCAAGCGAGCUUUGAAUGUGCAAGCCAAAGAAGAUGAUGAAAUACAAUGUGACAAUAUAUUUCACACGAGGUGUCAUGUCAAAAACAAGGUAUGUAAUGUGAUUAUUGAUGGUGGUAGUUGUACUAAUGUAACUAGCACUGUUUUGGUUGAAAAGCUUAAUUUACCUAUGACGAAGCAUCCAAGGCCAUAUAAGCUUCAAUGGUUAAAUGAUUGUGGAGAAAUUAAGGUAAAUAAGCAAGUUCUGGUUUCAUUCUCUAUCGGACGAUAUAAGGAUGAGGUUUAUGAAGAUCAACUAAGACUGAAAAAAGAGAGUAACUUGAGAAAAGAGAGUGAGCUUGAGGGUAUGAAAAACAAAGAGAAAACAAUAGAGAAAGAAUUAAAAAAGAGAGAAAAGAUCAAGAGUGUUGAAAACAAAGAAAGAAAAUCAAUGAGUGUUUAUGUAGAAGAAAGUGAUGUCAAGGCUGCGUUCUUUGCAAAGCAGCCUAUGUUUGUGCUUCUGUAUAAAGAUGCUUAUUUCAACACUAACAAACUUAAUGAUUCUUUGCCUAGUGCUAUUAAAUCUCUUUUGCAGGACGUCAAAGACGUGUUUCUAGAGGACAUCUCUAAUGGUUUACAACCAAUAAGAGCAAUUGAGCAUCAGAUUGACUUCAUUCAAGUGCUACUUGUGCCUAAGAAGGAUGGGAUUUGGCGCAUGUGCAUUGAUUGUCACGCGGUCAACAAAAUCACUGUAAAGUAUCGUCACCCUAUUCCUAGAUUAGAUGACAUGUUAGAUGAGUUGCAUGGUUCUUGCAUAUUCUCUAAAAUUGAUUUAAAGAGUGGAUAUCAUCAGAUUAGGAUGAAGGAAGGUGAUGAAUGGAAAAUAGCCUUUAAAACGAAACAUGGUUUAUAUGACUGCAUCCAUUCAGCAACUAACUGUUCGCCAUUUGAGGUUGUGUAUGGUUUUAAUCCACUCACUCCUUUGGAUUUAUUGCCAUUACCUAUUGAUGAACAAGCUAGUUUGAAUGAAAAAAAGAAAGCUAAAGUGGUUAAGCAACUACAUGAGGGGAAGCGAUUCCCUGCACAAAGGCGUUCUAAGUUGCAACCAAGAGGCAAUGGACCAUUUCAAGUGAUUGCGAGGAUUAAUGACAACGCAUACAAGUUGGAGCUUCCUGGUGACAAUUUGAGGACAAAUCCUUUUGAGGAGAGAGGGAAUGAUGGGAAUCAAGACGACAGCAUAUCUACUAUGUCAUGUGAUCCAUUACACACCCAAGGAGGACCAGUCACGCGAGCUAGAGCUAAGAAGAUGCAUGAAGCUUUAAAUGGCCUUAUUGAGCAAAUCUGGGUUGAAAACAACAUACAACAAGCAAAUCGAAAAAUCCCUUGUCGUGCUGUGGGUCUCAUUGUUCUCUUUGGGGUUCUCAUCACAGGCUUAAAUUAUCUUGGAGUUAAACUAGCCAAAUAUAUUUGGACUUAACUUAUUUGUAAUUAGAUGCCCUUCUUUUUCUUUAGUGACUAAGCCUUUACUUUUUUUUUUUUUUUUUUUUUUCAGAGGAUGAUUAGAUCCUCUUCACUGUCUGAAGGGGUGGUCCCUUUGUCACAUGGGGCUUUAGCUUUUUCUUUCGUAGAUUAUUUUUUGUAGCAAAAACCACAAUGGUUGUCAUGCUUUAAUAGCUUGCAUAGUCUAUUAUGGACUGCUUUACUGGUUAUGACCAAAUUUUUAAAGAUUUCCUUUCUUUUCUGCUUUAUUUUGAACAAGCUGAUGUUUGUCAUUAAUCUUGCACCAGUGGAUACCACCAAGAUUUCUUUGGAGAAGCCAUAUGUCCAUGUCUUCCUCAUCUCUAUCAUUUUGUCAAAGUUUUGGAGUAAAACCUUGAAUCCUAG